AUGGCCUUGUCCACCUCGAUGGUGACAGUGGUGCUGGUAUUUUUCCAGUUGUGUAGUGAGGACUAUCACUGGUGGCGGAUGUCCUUUGCCAUUGGAAAUGGAUCAUCCAUCUAUGUCUUUGGUUAUGCAAUUGUUUACUACUUACUGAACACGAGGUUCAAGGCGUAG